AUGGAUCUCCCUACCAGCUGGAUUGACCGUGAACUGUUGGAGAAGAUCCUGCGUUCGGAGUAUAAAUCAAACGAACAGGAGGAGUUGAAAAUCGUUAGCUUUAACGUUGGUGCUGCAACGAAAAAAGGAGACAAUUAUGCUAGUGAAAUGUAUAGGGUUAUGAUUGAGUAUGUUUGCGGAAACCGGCGCGAGAAAUGCUCUAGAAUUUUAAAGGUAAUUCCGUCCGGGGAAAUUCAGCGAAUCGUAAUGGAAAAUAAUAACAUUUUUCCGCGAGAAAUAGCCGUUUAUCGGGAUAUACUGCCAAGGAUCCAUAAGCUGCUGCGUGGCAUCGGCGAUGGGUCUCCUCUGUCACCGAACUGCUUCUAUACAACUGAUGAUCCGAAGACUAUGUUGGUAUUUGAAGAUUUGAAGGAUAGUGGUUUUGAAAUGGCGGAUCGAAAGCGUGGCUUAGGGGUUGAGGAAACCCGAUUAGUUUUAAGAAAGUUAGCCAAACUGCAUGCGUGUUCUGCCGUUGUGUACAGAGAGCAACCACAAAUCAUGGAACCAGUGCUGGAAGGAGCUAUUAAUACUAAUCCGAAUCGACAGGAUUUCUUAGUUUUCUAUAAAAUGUGUGCCCGUCAGGUCGCGCGAUUAGUGGAGAGUUGGAACGAUCCACAGUAUCGAAACAUCCUUCAAAAAUUGCAAAAAUUGCCACAUACGACUAUAGCUAAAGGAUGUCAAGUAUACACAAGGGACGAUACGGUGUUUAAUGUUCUCAAUCACGAUGAUGUUUGGACUAGUAAUAUGAUGUUUAAGUACAAAAAUGGAGUUGUUGAGGAUGUACUAAUGUUAGACUACCAGUUAGCAUACUAUGGUUCACCUGGUGUAGAUUUAAAUUACUUUUUGUUCGGAUCGGUUCAGUAUGAGCUUCGGGAGAAAUGUUGGUUAGAAUUCAUCAGGGAAUAUUAUGAUGUUCUUCGGGAAACUUUAGUUAAAUUAGAAUAUGUGGAUCACAUACCAUCAUUACAGGAAAUCCACGUCGAGAUUGUUCGAACGGGAUUCCACAGUGUCAACGCUGUGUUCUGUCUGUUGCCGUUGGCAAUGAUGGAGAAAACGGAAAACGCAGAGAUGGAUGUGUUUCUACAGGAUAACGAUGUGGGCGAAGCAUUUCGAAAGGUUAUUUUUGCCAAUCCGAAGUAUGAACCAAUACUUAAACGUGCACUAACUUUAUUCGAUUUGCUGGGUUAUUUCGAUUGA